CACCGUUAGUCAUUUGCUGACGUUGCUAACAGAAGUACUGAAUCACCUAAUUUUAACCCCCACAAACCUGAACCCUACUCGCCAUAUCAUCUUGCCUAGCCCAACCAAUCCAACCCAUUAACCAAACCCAACCUAAUAAAAUGACCCACUUAAAUUUCUAAAAUGAACCAGAUCUCAAAUUAAAUCCCUAAAAUAAUAAAAUGUUAUCUUCUUCCCACUUUCUUCCUUUUCCGUUUCUUAAAUAGUCACCGGCGACGAGGGAGAGAUGGAGUCAGACUGCCACCUCCGACUCCUACCACUGCCCGACACCGGCUCUCUCUGACAAUGAGCUUGGCAUCAUCUCCCUCACCUCGGUCUCAUCUUCCCGCAUCCUCACCGUUGUCAUUGUCCAUCACCAAAUGGACAAUGACGACGGUGGAAUUAUUAGUUCCCACUGUCGCGUCAAUUGUCCGAGAUCAUGCCAUGCAUUGAGGAGGAAGGAGUUAGGGAUUGCAAUUUGGAAGAUAGAGUCGCCGACAAAAGCAGCAGUAGCAACCAUCUAAUCCUACUGAAGCGGUCCUACUCAUUUGCAUAUGAGCGGUCGGAGAGGAUGCUGGUGACAGUGUCGCCAUGGAGAUCGAGCAAGAGAUCAUCAACGUGGAGCAAGCGGUCGUCGAAUUCCAAGCCCAGAUUUUUCUUUUCGUUCAUGUACUUCUACAGAUCAGGAAUCAAAUCGCCCUUCUUCAAACAGAGAUAUGGAGGCAGGGGCGGUUUCUUCCCUCUUUCGGAGCGAUUCCCCGCGCACCACCACCACGGUGGCGGUUCUUCGAGACGGAGAGAAUGCAUGACGAGUUCGAUGUUCUUGAGCUUCUCCUUCGACGAUAGAUCGUGCGAGUUCAGCCACGCCGAGGAGGCGACGGGGAGCGAGAACAAGGAAGCGAAGCUGCUGCGGCGGGGGAGGGUGGCUAGAGGAGAGUGAGGGUAGCGGGAGGAAAUCGAUGGCGAACCCGAGUACUCGACCGUUGCAGAGGAUGAAGGAGAUGCAGCGGAAGGUGUUGGCGGGCGGAUGAAAAUCGGAGUAUGCGGCGGGAGAUCUGUCGACGAUGGCGUAAGCGAUGGUGGUGGUGAACAGGUGAAAUAAAUCGACGAAUCCUAAGGAAGAUUUCAAGAGGUCGAUGAUGGAGAUGAUAACGGAGAAGGAGUUUUACAAUGGCAAUGAAUUGGAAGAAUUGCU